GCGCUUCGCUGUGGAGGAUUCCAAGCAGGACAGCAGAGAUUCUCAAGCUUUCCGACAAGCGGCGACGAUCCCAGCAGCAAGCCAGAUCUCGAGACCUACGCAUCGCUCCUCCGGCAAUGCGCGAGCGCCAGGGCUCUGGAUCUCGGGCAGCUCCUCCACGAGGAGAUUGCGAGGAGGAGGUUCGAUGGCUACACAUUCCUGGGAAAUACCCUGAUCACCAUGUAUGGCAGCUGCGGCGACGUCGAUCGGGCCAAGAAGGCGUUCGAUCGCAUCGACAGCCGCAAUGUCUUCUCCGGGAACGUGAUGAUCGCGGCAUACGCCCAAAACGGGCAUUUGCUCGAGGCGGCAUCGGUGUUCCAGCGAGUGCCAGAGACGAAUGUGGUGUCUUGGAACUCUAUGAUCGCGGCCUACGCUCAGCACGGCGACCUCUAUGAAUCCAGGAAGCUCUUCGACACGAUUCCAGAGAAGAACAUCGUCUCCUGGAACUCGAUGAUUGCCGGGUAUGCGCAGAACGCCUUCUCCAAAGAGGCACUCAAGCUCUUCAAGGCCAUGGAUCUCCAGGGGUUCCAGCCGAACAAGGUGACCUUUGUGAGCGCUCUGGACGCGGCUGGGAAUCUGGGAGCUCUGCCAGAGGGCUCGGCGAUCCACGAAGAGGUGCUGGAGCACGACUGCGAGACCGACACGGCCGUGGCGACGGCGCUCAUCAACUUCUUUGGCAAGUGCCGGAUGGUGGCGAAGUCCCGAGAGAUUUUCAACAGCAGCGCCAUCCAAAGGAACACUGUGACUUGGACGACGAUGAUCUCGGUCUAUGCGCACAAUGGCUUUCUCGAUGAGGCACAGAAGCUCUUUGACGUUGCUCCCCGGCCGAGCACCGUGACUUGGAACGUCUUGAUGGCGGCCUACUGCCAAAGCGGCGAUCCACACCAGGUCCAGGCCAUCUUCGACAGGAUGAGAGACCGAGACGAUGUCUCGUGGAGCACUCUUGUGGGAGCUUACGCGCAGAGCAACCAGCACAGGACUUCCAUGGAGCUCUUCAAGAAGAUGGACGUGGAGGGCUACAAGCCGACGAGAUUUACUUUCAUGAGCGCUGUCGACGCGUGCGGUAAGCUCUCUGCGCUGCGAGAAGGCCGAGUUCUCCACUCGAGCAUCAUGAAUAGCGCUCUAAAGUGGGACAUUGUCUUGCAGAACGGGAUCGUCAACAUGUUUGGGCGAUGCGGCAGCGUUGAGGAGUCGAGCUCGGCUUUCCAGGAGAUGCUCCAGAGGGACGCGGUCUCGUGGUCGAUCAUGAUCUCGGCGUUUGCUCACAAUGGUCACGGAACCGAGGCGCUGGAGACGUUCCUGGCGAUGAACCUCGACGGCCAAACUCCCGACGAGCUAACUUUCGUAAGCAUUCUCUCAGUGUGUGCUCACGCUGGACUUCUUCGCGAUGCCAGGGGCCAUCUGGUAGACAUGGUUGGAGACUACGCCCUGGUUCCAGGACUGGAUCACUACGUCUGCCUGGUGGAUCUUCUCUGCCGCUCCGGUCGACUGGGUGCCGCUGAAGAACUCGUCGAGACGAUGCCUUACGAGCCUCACGGAUCUGCCUGGCUGACGCUGCUGGCCGCUUGCAAGAUGCAAGGUGAUCUCAAGCGAGGAGCUCGGGUAGGAAAGUCUUUCCUUGCCACUGAUCCGGAUACUUCAGCUCCUUACGCACUGCUCUCCAGCAUCUACGCAGAGGCCAAGCGGGUGAACGAGAUGAGAAUCGUGAGGAAGGCAAUGGAGGAGCGUGGGAUCAAGAAGCAAGCCGGGUGCAGCUAUAUCGAAGUCCACGAUCGAGUUCACGAAUUCAAAGCUGGCGAAGUCUCGCAUCCCAGACACCGGGACAUCCUCUACGAGCUGAUGCAAAUCCAGAGGAAGAUGGUGGAAGCUGGCUACGUUCGUGACACGAGGCUUGUGAGCUACGAUCUGGAGGAGGAGGAGAAGGAGAAUUUGCUCACGUACCACAGCGAGAAGCUGGCGAUUGGGCUGGGGCUCGUCACCACUCGGCCGGGGACGGAGCUGCGAGUGGUGAAGAACUUGAGAGUGUGCUCGGACUGCCACACCGCCAUCAAGUUUAUCUCGAGGAUUUGCGGCAGAAGGAUUGUGGUGAGGGAUUGCAACCGGUUCCAUCACUUUGAGGAUGGUGUUUGCUCCUGCAACGAUUACUGGUAAGAGUAUAAUUAAUUUGUAUUAAUUUAUUUAAAUGAUUCUCUAUAAUUAUUAAAACUUAAUAUAAAAAACAAG